AUGCAAGUCGAAUGGAAAUCGCAAAGCAAUUCGUGGGAUUUUUAUAGGGUAAGCGGAUACAGUAAUCCACACAAAAUUGCAUUGGAUUACUGUAGAUUUGGGUAUUGCCGCGAUUUUUUUCAAAAAAAGGAAGAUAGAAAUAAAUUUUGGAUUCUAAAUACGUGGAAAAUUAGACAGAAAUUUGGAAAAUAAAAUUUCGGCGCUGAAAUCUACAGUAAUCUGUGAUGAACACAUUUUUCACCAAAAUAUUUUUCCAGAUGUUCAAUAUUUCUCGAAUAUCUCCGUAUUUUCUCGAAUUCUUAGUCAUGAUUCAUGUUUAUUUUCUUGCUGCUUGGCUCGCAAUUCGUGAAUUCAUUUUCGAUCUCCAAAUUCCUGAUGAAAUCUUCCUCCAAAAAAUUCAAAGUUUUCCCCGAAAAUCUGGAUUUGCAUUGGUGACUGGAGCUGAUGGAACUAUUGGAAGUGAGGUAUAUUUUCAUCUUUUUUUUAUUUUCAAAUUGAAUUCAAGUAAUUUUCCUGAUUUUCUAUGUAGAUUGUCAAAAUUCUCCUCGAAAAUGAAUACAAAAUCAUUGGAUUGGUCCAGAAAGUUCCGAAAAAUCCAGAAGAUUAUCCGCAGAAUUUGAAAUUUUUGGAAUGUGAUUUUUCAAAGAGGGAAGAUAUUCGAAAAGUUUCCGAAAAAAUAGCGAAUAAAAACGUGGAUUUUGAUUUGGCAAUUUUUACAGCUGGUGUUAUGUUGGUGGAGAAUUUGGUGAGUUUUCAACAAUUUCCAAAUUUCCACAUACAUUAUAGCAUAUUUUCAGGAUCCCAAGAAAAUCGAAACGCAUAUUCAAAUCAAUGUGAUAUCUCAAGCCUAUCUCUUCAAUCUCUUAUCAUCAAAAAUCACUCGAAGUAUAUUUUUAUCCUCUGCAACUUCUCGAGUUGCUCUAUAUUCUCAACCAAUUAAUCUCAAAUCCCAAUUAGGACCUUAUCAAGCAUACAGUACUUCAAAACUCUAUCUGGCCAAAUACAUCGAGCAUCUUUCCCACAAAAACUCGAAUCUUAAAAUCGUUUCUUGUCAUCCUGGAACAGUUCCUGGGAAAUUAUAUCGACACGCGAAUAUUGUUGUGAAAACUUUGAGCAAAAUUUUGCUGCCGUGGAUUUUGAGAAGACCAAAAAGAGCGGCGAUUUUAGUAUUGGCUACAAUUUGCAGUGAAGAUUUGAAAAGUGGAAAAUAUUAUGAGGAUUUGGAAAUAUUUGAGAUUUGUAAUGAUUUUGAAGUUUUUCGGGAAAUUGAUAUAUUUUUGAAAGGGAAACAGGAAUAA